ACUUCGGCGCUGACGGAAGGAAACUGAAGACGGGCGCACUUCCGUAAAUCACUUGAACAUUUCUCGGUGAAACACUAAAGCCGCUAAAUUUCAUAUUUUAGAGGGGUUUUUUUGUGUGUUUUUUGUCAAAGUUCAAUCUCAGGUAUGGACCGCAGCCGAUCACGUGAUAGAACUAGCAGAGAGAAAAAACAGGAGAAGAAGAAAAGGAAACGGAGACGGUCCUCCUCCUCUUCUUCAUCAACAUCUUCAUCAUCUUCAUCGAGCAGCAGGAGUAAAAGUCGAUCCGCAAAGAAAACUUCACACAAAGGUGAGGAAACAAAACAAGUUAAAGUGUUUUCUUUAAAUAAAAGAGUUUAAUGUUUGACUCCGGUUGUGUCUUUAGGUUUAAAAACUCAGAAGAAGAAACGAAAGAGGAGCUCUUCUUCUUCCUCUUCAUCAUCCACCUCUUCAUCUUCAUCCUCCUCUUCCUCCUCCUCAUCCAGCGAUGAAAGGUCAAAGAAGAAGAAAAGCAAAGCCAAGAGAAAGAAGACGAAGAAGAAGAUGAAGCUGAAGAAACAGAAGAAAAAGGAGAAGAAGAAGAAAGAGAAGCUGUUGAAGAAGAAGAAGAAGAAAGGAGAGAUGAUGGUGGGCCCUACUCCUCCUUCAUCUCUUCCUCCUCCUCUUCCUCCUCCUUUUCCUUCUCCUUCUGCAGACAAACCUUCCUCGUUCCUUGAGGUGUGGCAGAGUGAUGAGGGGGCGGUGGAGCUGGGACCAGGUGAGGCAGAAAUAAUUAAUGUUUUUAUUUUAGAAAAUUGUUCAGUUAAGUGAGGAAGUUUAGGUGUGGUGGAUGGAGAAGUCUUUGCUUUUCUUCACCUCUAUAAACUUUGUUUUUAUGAAACUUUCAAGAGAGAUCUCAUCCUGCUGAACUGUAACUGUCAAAUAUGUCCUUCACUGUGAAUGUUUAAGGUGGAAAUUGACAAUACAGGGCUUUUUCUUCAGCUCUGACACCAACCCCUCGCAGCAAUUUUAGGCCUUUCACUUACUGUCUCGGUCCUGAUGGUUUUGUUUGCUUUGAAAAAUCAUGAAAAGACUUUAAAAUGAAUUUUAGUCUUUUUCAUAACCAUUAAAGAAAACUCCUCAUAGGCGCUUUUGAAGGGAUAUUCUGGCGUAAAAUUGAUUUAGGGUCAAACACACAGGAACACAGAGUUAGACACCCCCUGGAGAGAUGAAUGUUGUCGACCGCUUGCUUCUCUAGUUAUAUCAACUUUAGUAACGACUGCAUGAUAGCAAUACAGAGAGCCUCGCCCUCAACCAAAACGCCACUCUAUAGCCACAAAUAAUGCUCAGAACAGCACCUAACUUCAUCAACAGGACAUAUAGGGUCCCAGACAUAGUACUAGACACCAAACAUCUUUUUAACUUUGACUAAUUUCUUUAGCAAAGAGACUAAACACAACUCACCUACUCUCUUCCAGCAGCGGCUUGUUUGUAGCGAGACCUCGGGCCAGUCCAUUACAGACCACAGCGGGGUGCCGCAGCUCAAGGAAGAACAUUUAUGAUCAUUUCUUCAUGGAAUGCAUUCAGACUGAGACGCAAAGGCAGAAGAACUACUGCGUCUGCAGUGAAAAAUGAUUAAUAUGGUGAUUAUUACUUUAAGGAAAUGAGAAAGUAAUGAUCAUAAAUGUUCUUCCUUGAGCUGCGAAACUCCGCUGUAGUCUGUAAUGGACUGGCAGAGGUCUCGCUACAAACAAGCGGCUGCUGGAAGAGAGUAGGUGAGUUGUGUUUAGUCUAUUUGCUAAAGAAUUUAGGCAAAGCUAAAAAGAUGUUUUGUGGCUAGUACUAUGGCUGGGACCCUAUAUGUACUGUUGUUGAAGUUAGCUGCUGUUCUGAUCAUUAUUAGUGGCUAUAGAGUGGCGUUUUGGUUGAGCAUGUGGCUCUCUGUAUUGCUAUCCUGUGGUCGUUACUGAAGUUGGUAUAACAAGUGAAACAAGCGGCAACAUUCAUCUCUGGAGGGGGGUGUCUAACUCUGUGUUACGGUGUGUUUGACCCUAAAUUAAUUUUAUGCAGGAAUAUCCCUUUAAGGUAGAACUUGACAAUACUGGGCUUUUGCUUCAGCUUUGACUCCUACCCCUCGCACCAGUUUCAGGCCUUUCACUUAUUGUCUUGGUCCUGAUGGUCUUGUUUGCUAUCAAAUAUCAUGAAUUUUAGUCUUUUUCAUAAACAUUAAAAAAAACUCCCCAUAGGAGCUUUUAACUGUGAGGGAUGGACAUCUGAAUUAGGCUUUUAUUUUUGUCAGUGAUAUGAUAUGAAUGUUUGUCUAAAUUGAGUUUCAAGAUCUGUUUUUAUGUUUUUUUACUGUUUCCCUUUGUAGUGAUGACAGAUGAGCAGAAGGCCCGAUUCUCCACUAAGAGGCCCCUCACCAAAGAAGAGUACGAGGCCAGACAGAGCGUGAUCCGCAGGGUGGUCGACCCAGAGACAGGUCGCACCAGGUGAGUCAGAGAUCAACCCGAGACUCGCUGUAAGACAAGUUGACUUAAAACUACAUUCUCUGUCUACUGUUCGUAUCCUGUUUUUAGUUUUAAUGCCAACUAUCGUGUUUUCCUCCAGAUUGGUGAGAGGAGAAGGAGAGAUCAUAGAGGAGAUAGUCAGCCGAGAAAAACACAAAGAAAUCAACAAGGUACCCAAAGUUUCCGCCUUAGGUCAGUGAAGUAAAAAUAAAGAGUCUCAUGUCUUACCGAGCUCCCGUUUGUCUUCUCAGCAAGCCACCAAGGGAGACGGGAGCGCCUUUCAGAAGAAAUUGGGAAUCAACAGGUAGAAGAACGUCAACUAUAAGCUGAUUUUAUAUCUUUAUAUAAUUUCAAAACACUCUCUGCAAUUUCUUCAUGUGAAAGUCAGGGUACAGAAUAAUCAGGAAACGCACUCUGGGCCGGUUCGACCCAGGUGAAGGUAUUUCCCACUGAUUUCUGUCGUGUCAGCUGUGUUAAUCACAAAAGAGAGUUGCAGAAGAGUUUAACGGCUGACUUGAAUAUGUCAGCUGAGAUGUGGAGAAGGUAGAUUUUUGUAAUUGCACAUUUGAUGAAAUGUUUGCACUGAAUAAUGCUCAUUUAUUCUGUCCAUGAUUUCAUGCAUAUCAGUGGGAGAAACCCCUUUAUUUUUGUGAAAUCUCUCUCAAUGUCUUACUUUUUGUUGCAUUGUGGAUCUCUGAAUAAAUCUGAAUCUGUGUGAAAUGAAAAGUUGAUAUCCCCCCCGAAAAAAAAGGCCAAACUGACUUUGUUUGUCAUAUAUAUUCUUUAUACACUGUACAUAAAAACACAAGAGAGUGGAUAAAAUGAAGUUAUCCAAAACCUACAAGAUUCACACCCUGUACAAUGAAAAUAUUUACCAUAUUUGUGGUUUAUAUACAUUUACAGCCUCUGAGAGCUAACUGUUGUUGUAACAGUUGUGAUGGGGAACAGAGCUUGAGACAGAUUGCCUAAUCUUUGUGAAACAGAUUUCUCAUUUGCACAUUUCCUCUUCAAACCUUUACAAGAAAGUAUAGCUGACUCUGUUUUCUACUGAGUUAAAUCUGCAUUAACAGUCUCACUUUUCUCCAUAAAAUCGAUUCAGGGGUGAGCAGCGUUCGUUUUAGGCCUCGCCACACCAUGGCCAAUCUAAGGCAGAGAAGGGAACGAUAAGGCCUCUGGUAUCGUGUGGGUCAGUAACAGAUCGGAGCGACCGUCUAGCACAGUCGUCGUUACAUUCUCUGGAUUUAGUAUCCGUGUGAUUGAUUUCUCUGAGGUGGGGGGGUUAUGGUUCAGCAGAAAACAACUUUAAAUAAGUGCAUGUUUUCCAGCAUUGCAUCUCCCUUUUUUAAAUGUACUUUUAAGGUACAAUCAGCAGCUUCAGAAAGACUUGUUUACAUAACUUCUGAAAGAAUUAUCCUCGUGGCUCCAAGCCCAGGUGCAGAUGGACACCGUCGGGUUAGUAAUCACACCUGUUUAUACUGGGAUAAUCCCCGUUAUAAGAGGGAGGGAUCAUAAAACAUUAUGAAGCCUUGUUUUGGACAAGGAAACAUUUAAAAAGAGACAUUAUUUGGUUUACUUCUAAACGAUUGAGCCUCUUCGUCUAAGGUUGUCAGUUAAGCUAUGUUGCUGAAUUUCUUGCCUCAUGUUCAGAGGCUGCAGUUUCUUAAUCUUCUGCUUAAAAGGAUAUUCUGGUGUAAAAUUAACUUAGGAUCAAACACACCGUAUAAGGAAGAACAUUAAUGAUAAUUUCUUUAUCAUUUCCUCGAACUAAUAAUCACCAUAUUAAUCAUUUUUCACUGCAGAUGUGGUAGUUCUUCUGCCUUAGCGUCUCGGUCUGAUUGUAUUUCCAUGAAGAAAUGAUCAUAAAUGUUCUUCCUUGAGCUGUGUCACCCCGCUGAAGUCGAUGGACUCCCCCGAGGUCUCUCUACAAACAAGCAGCUGCCGGAAGAGAAUAAGUGAGUUGUGUUUCAUCUCUUUGCAAAAGAAAUUAGUCAAAGUUAAGAAGAUGUUUGGUGGCUAGUACUAUGGCUGGGACCCUAUAUGUCCUGUUGAUGAAGUUAGGUGCUGUUCUGAUCAUUAUUUGUGGCUAUAGAGUGGCGUUUUGGUUGAGGUUUGUUUAUGGCUCCUCAGACUGCUGAGUAUUGCUAUCCUGCGGUCGUUACUAAAGUUGGUAUAACUAGAGAAGCAAGCGGAGGGGGGUGUCUAACCUGUGUUCCGGUGUGUUUGACCCUAAAUUAAUUUUACGCUGGAAUAUCCCUUUAAUAUUUGGAAAUAAAACAUCCACAAAAAGAGUGGCGAGUCCGGCGACUAGAGAAAACCUGUUGUUCUAGUUUUAGGAUUAUUGGAUAAUCUCUAGCUUUUGAAAGACUAACGUGUACUUCAUAUGUACCUGUGUUACCUGAAAGAUGGCGUGCGUUCAGAAUAUGUGCCUCAUGAUCUGAUUGUCAAUGCUGGGAAAUUCCCUUCACAUAGUUUUAGUUUCAUCUUGUGGUGUGGUUCAGUAAUAUUGCACAUUUUCCCUUAACAUUUAGGCCACCAUUGGUCCAUUGCACUCAGCUCUGUACAUGCCUAUUCAAGGGACCACAAAAAAACAUCACCUUUCACAUGAGUUCAUCACAGCCCAGUACCCUUUUGAUAAGUCAAUGGAAAAACAGCAUCAAGUAAAUCUUAGCUCUGUGUUCCUACUGCGGACAGCAUAUUGUACACAAUUUACAAUUUGCAGAAUUUUCUCCCUCUAAAGAUGCAGCAGAACAGAAAAAAAAAAAUCGAUCUUAACCUAAGGAGGAUUAUCUAUGAAAACAUUCAACGCCUCAUUUACAGCUUGGGAAUAACCAUGGAGAAGCCAUACCCCAGAUUUUCCAAAAUAGAUGAUACCAAACAUAAUAUAUUUAUGUCACAAGAUAGCAGUUCUGUUGAUACGACUCUGGUGAUGUUGAAGAUAAAUAAAAAUACAAUACUGUGCAAGGCAAAGACCUCUGAGUUUUGGCUGCUGCAACGGAAGUUUGAAAGGAAAAAAAAAAACACCUAAAAAUUAUCUUAAAACACAUUUUGUUCACAAAAUCCAGACACCUUAAAAUAUCUAUUAUCUUAAAUAACAAUAAUUAUCAUCAUCAUCAAUCAAUAAAGUGUAUCCUGAAUGAGGUGGUGUUUACCUCCAGAGUAAAGAAGACACUUGAAGCUGGUCUUCAGUGGACCAGAUACCAGAUCUGCACUGUUGAAUAACAACUAUGUACAAGCCUCAUUAAGGCGUUCAGAUACAUACUUACAGUGUAUUCCAUUUUUACACAGGAGACCCCAACCCUCCCUCUCCUUCACGUACAGCAUAUCCCUCUGUACUGUUGACUUUGGCACAUUAACCAUACAGUCGGAGUUUUCCCUAUAGCUGAGUCACUCUGAUUCAGGAAGUCACAGCAGCAACACAAACGCUGAUUCGCUGUCGAGCUCAGGAACAGUUUCUGCUGCGACCACGGUUAAAGGGUAAUGUUAGCGGUUUAAUGUGAUAUUUGGAGGAUUCUUUGGUCUGAGGAACGACAAGAAAAAACAAGUAAAACUGGACUGAAUGGUUCGCUGAAAAAUCCCUUCGUCUGUACAUAAGUGGUAAAUCAUUCAGAGUUGGCUCCCAGCACAUCGAUACAUUAUCUUUAAUGUUGAUGAAUGAUGUGAUUUCCAAUGAUUGGUUUUGUGCAGAGUGAGCGCGCUCAGUCCAGUUUUACUCGAUCCUCCUCAGCUUGGCUCACAGACGUGAAGAAAUAUCUGAUCGUCACAUAAAAAAAAAAGAAAAACAGAUUUAAAACCAUUUUGCACCCGGUUAAUCUCUGUCGACGUUUUUGUGCUUGCAGUGGCCACAACAGUCAGUUACAGUGAAGUAUCAGCGCUCGGACCUGAUACAGGCUGUGUGUUGUUGUUGUUGUUGUUGCAUGAGGGUGCUUGUGUGUGUUACCCCGUUUCCAAUCUAAAGGCAAAAAAAAACUCAUAUUCAAGCCUAAAAAGAUUUACUUAGUCUGGAUUCUUACACUUAUAUGCUAUGUCUAUGUGUGUGCACAUUCCUGUUUGAGGAAGAUGCCCCUUGAAAUGCCUUUUGCCCUUUUUUUUUUAAUGAAAGCCAUAACCUCUGUUCAUGGAGUGUGACUGGCGUUGGUUUAUAAAGAGUAGUUUGUAGCACCUAAUGUUGUCAUUUUUGUAUCUACCCACCAGGUGCGAGCCAACCUUUAGUUACGCUUUGCAUUUUUGUUUGUUAUGAGUCUUCUCCUCAGCGCUUUUCAAUUCAAAGAGCCCUCUUUGUGUCCCCCUGAUGUCAUUUGGGGCUUAGGACGCCAGGUUCGAGCUUGGUGCUGCUGCUGCGGCCCCAGCAGCUGGCGGUGAUGCUCAUGCUGCGCUGUGUUGCUCCCUGGCUGUGGCUGUGGAUGCUCUCCAGCCGCUCCAGCCGAUCGCCGUCCGAUUGGCUCUGCGUGCGCUCUGGCCGGUUGUGGAUGCUGCCGGUCGGGGAGCUAGGCGCCGGCUGGGAGGAAAUGGUGCGCAGCAGGUGGUUCCUCUUCCUCAGGAAGUCGCUGUUUGCGCCCAAGCCGAAGCUGCCUUUGCGUAGCACCAUGCGCGCGCUGCUGGACUUUGCUGGUCUGGAGCGAUGGUUGUACUCCAGCUGGGACAGAUGAGCUGCGUAGCCCUCUGUGAUGAACUGUGGAGUGGAUAAGAGCAGGUUCUGGUUUUAGAUGACUGUUUCUUAUUUGGUCACAUUAAAGGGAUAUUCUGGUAUAAAAUUAAUUUAGGGUCAAACACACCGUAACACUGAGUUAAACACCCCCUCGAGAGAUGAAUGUUGCUAACUGCUUGCUUCUCUAGUUAUACCAACUUUAGUAACGACCGCAGGAUAGCAAUACAAUAAGCGUACGAGGCGUUUUGGUUGAGGUUUGUUUAUGGCUCCUCAGACCGCUCUGUAUUCCUAUCCUGCGGUCGUUACUAAAGUUGGUAUAACUAGAGAAGCAAGCGGUCGGCAACAUUCAUCUCUCGACAGGACGUCUAACUCAGUGUUACGGUGUGUUUGACCCUAACUUAAUUUUACGCCGGAAUAUCCCUUUAAUUUCUGCCCAUGUUGUGCAUGAAAUAAUAAAACCGUACCUGGCACUGGUGCUGCAUCUUCUUGGAGGGUCUCCCAACGAUGUAUAUUUGGGAGGCAGGGAGGCCGAUGGAGGUGUAGACUGAGAUGUCUUUGGUUGAUCCAUAGCCAGCGAAAAUCUUCAUGUGAGCCUGUUAACGGUAAAAAAAAAAAAAACACAGGAAAACUUAAUGACUGCUGCAAAGUUACAAAACCUUUCUGUUAGCGCCCACUUUUUGCAUUCUCACCUCAGUCAGGGUUUUGAGGAAGUUGGCUUUGUGCCGUAGAGGAUCAUGGACCAGGCCGUCACAGAAAGAGACGAUUCCAUGAGGGAAGUUGUGCUGAGACAACCAAGCCACGACCCGCUGCUUCUGCAUGUCAGGUCGUCCGGUCACAUAGAUGAUCAAAUAACCUAAAUCCUGCCAGUGUCUGCAGUAAGAAGGCACAGAGAGCAGCAGCAUUAAGACAAGACUAUCAAUGCCAUGAAUAGACACAAAAACAACGACAGAAGAAGAACAGUUCAGUACCUGACAACAUCCACAGCUCCUGCGCGCACUUUGGGGUCACUGCCCAUGAUCGAGACGCUGGCUGCGAAUGACCCAUCGAUGCUGAACACCACAAACUCUGUGCCACGUGGGAUAACAGUCAGGUAGCUGUCAGCAAAUGUGUGAUCGCCUCUGGAGGGAUGAGAAGAACAACAGAGAGUGAAAAAAAAUGGAGAAACACGCUGACCCAGUGACGUUCCCCUUGAGGAAGAUGAAACACAAAUACUGAGUAAAACAGGCUGCAAACAACAAAAACAUCCGGGGAGAUUCUGUCAGGAUUUCUCAGGUAAAAGUAUUAAAAUUUCUGUUUCGAAAACUAUUUCAUUUUCUUUUAUUCUUUUACUUAGUUGUACAUUUAUCUAUAUUUGUUUAUCUUGUUUUUAUCUACCUCAAAAGCACCUUGGAGAUGUACCCAAAUCCCUUUGUGAUGUUUUUACACAAACAAAAAAGGCGAUUCUGAUUCUGAUUCUUUUAUUAACAACGCCUCGUGAAGUUUUCAAGAUUUGUCUGGUUAGGGCAGAGAUUGUGUUACAUGAUGAUAACAGUUUAUGAGUAAAAUAAAUGUCAAGUCUUAAUCCAGACAUCCUGGACACUUAGAGUGAGAAUUUAAAGAAAUAAUCACUAAAACUUAAGCCUUAAUAUUUUUUUGUAUUUCGAUCGACUUAAGGUUUUUACUGAAAGAACUCAGAUCUUACCUGACGACCAUUUUGACCGGGUAAACGCCGAUGCCCAAACGUUUGUCGUCUGGGAUGAUAAAAGACACGCGGCCGCUGCUGUUGGUCACCUCUGUGUUGAAGUAGACCCACUCUCCUGAUGGAGGCUGGGUCAUUAUGUGGAGAUCCACCUGCAGAGAUCAGUGAUACAUUAUUAGCAAGCAGGUCUGGCACUCCUGACAUCAGGCUGAUGAGGAACUAGAGUUCACCUUCUCCCCGGCCAGAGUGACCAUGUCCAGAGGGCCGUACAUGAAGCGUCCUGUUACCACCUGCUGGGAGUCUUCAGUGAACACGGCGUCGUUUACUCGGUGGUUAGCUGUCACGUUCUGUCAGUGGAGGAAAAGAAAAAAUCUGAUGGGUCAAGAAACUGAAAUGAUGCAGAAUGUCGUCAUGUCUUUCGUUUAUUUCAUGAAUUCUACAAAAAAGCUGAGAGAAAAAAAGCUCAAGACAUGAAAGAAAACCAGAAUAUUUGAAUUUAAAAAGGUCCCCUAUUGUGAAAAAUCCACUUUUGGGUGGUCUUCUACCAAUAAUAUGAACCCCCACGAAGCCGACAACCCCUCUUGCUUUCCCCUCCUUUCUGAAAACAUGAGCGCAAACAGGCGAACAGAAGAGCUCUGCGGUUAUGAUGACAUAGGAGCAUAAGCCCCUCCUACAUGUUGGUGGCACCGCCCCCGAUAAUCGUUAGCCCAGCCCUCUAAAACUUCUUCGCUGAGGUAGCAUCUGCCGUUUUUUCCCCUUGCAUACAGCUGUAAACAUUACCGCAUGGUAAGCCGUAGCCCCUUCCAGAGAGGGGCGUGGUUACACACAGCUCAUUAUCAUUUAAAGGUACAGGCGCAGAAUCAGCCCGUUCUUCGUGGAGCUUAAAAAAAGAGGAGGGUACAGGCUGGCUGAUAUCCACAAAUAACAAACUUCAAUUUUACUUUUGUGGGACCUCUGGGACUGAUUUAAACUUGAUGAAAAAUGCCAUAAUAGGAGACCUUUGAGUCAGCUGACACUCGAUUCCUUUUUUUCUGCUUACCCUGAUCUUCACAUGAGUCCUCUUGCGGAGCCACUUCUCUCUUGGUUUGGAGGGGGUGAACUCAGACACCUCUUUCCCGUCAAGCUCCAAGAUGCUCGAGUUCUCGUGCCUCAUGACCUGAAAGAGGAAUUUCAUAGAGUUUGGAGCUAGUCUUGUCUUUAGAGACCAUGAACAGAGGAGAAUUAUUCUGAUGUUGUCUCACCUGUCUCAGGAGAAAAGACACAACAUCCGUGGACUCCCAGUAUGAUGCGUGGAAGAGAUGCGGUAAAGCCACUGUGGGGAAAGCUGUCAGAGCGUCGGGGCAGUACAGGGCAAAGUCCAGCCGCUUUGUUCCCCACCAGCGUGCUGCAACUAUGAUGGGUGAUGGCGUAGAUAUACAAGGUGAAAAUGUCAGAAUUAGUGGGAUUUAUGUUACCCUACGUAAAGAUGCAACACCUCUGAAGCUAAAGCAAAAAGAAGACAUUAGACUUCAACCACAAGCAUCA